AUGACAUUCGACACCAUAAUCAUCGGCGCAGGCUGGGCCGGCGCCGUCGCAGCCCGCCAGCUCUCCCGCUCUGGCCGUAAAGUCCUCGUCCUCGAAGCGCGCGACCGCGUCGGCGGCCGCGCGCGUACUUGGGUCCAUGGGUCGAACACUAUCGAUAUCGGAUGCUCCUGGAUCCACGGGUACAAGGAGGGUAAUCCAGCCCGUGGGAUUGCCGAGGAGUUGGGUGUGACAGCGCACCUUCCCAAGGCCGCCCAGCCGGGUCUUUAUGGUCCAAACGGUGCUCUGCCAAAGGAAACAGCCGUCGCACUGGGAGGCGCGCUCGCUUCGGCUGUCGCGGCGGCAAGGACACCAUUCCCCGUCCCGGAACCUACAGAGUCUCUCGCGGAUGCCCUCUUCGAUUCCGAGUCCAAGUUAUUCACGUCGGGUGUGGAUCGCGAUACGGCAUUGGGGUUCGCACGCACCCUCGAAGUACCUCUGGGUCUUAAGCUCGAGAAUGCCUCGGCCCGUUGGGCGGGUUGGGAGGGCGCCACAAACUUCUCUGGUUCGGAUGCAGCCCCGGAUGGAGGGUACGAGGCACUCGUGGCCCGCGUUCUCGAUGACGCUAUGGCCAAUGGAGCGCAGGUACGCCUCAACGCCAAAGUCACCGAAAUCAAGGAGGAGGCUGGAGGCGUAAUCGUCACGGCCGGGGAGCAGUAUACCUGCAAGACGGCAAUCGUCACGAUCCCACUUGGAGUGCUUAAGCGCUCGCUUGGCAUCUUCUCCCCCUCGUUGCCUGAGAGGUAUACCGAGGUCGUUGAAGGCGUUCAUGUCGGCGUGCUGGAGAAGUUGCUUCUACGGUAUUCAGAGGCGUGGUGGCCCAACGCAUCCACUACUGGCGGGUAUACGUUCCUCCCCACCGGUCCGGCGCCUUCGGAGGGUAGCAGCGCGCUUGAGGUGCUUGAGGGGAGCACGCUUAUUGUUGCCAACUUUGGAGCGGGGACGCUUCCUCCCGGUCCUAGCCCCAUCUUGCUCGCAUACCUCUCCGAGACGCCUGCGACUGCGCUCCUCAAGCUGCCGGCUGAGGAAGUCGGCGCAGCGUUCCAUGAAUUCCUCCAGAAGAGGUUUGGGGUGCAGGGACCCAAGCCUGAGGAGGUCGAACUUACGCAAUGGCUUAAUGACGAGUUUGCGCUUGGAGCCACGACUACGCCUAGUGUCAAGAGCCAGGGCGAGCGGUCGCCUAUGGACUUUAAGGAGCUGAGUCGGCCGCUGUGGGAUGGCAAGCUUGGGUGGGCUGGCGAGCACACCGAGAUGGAGAAUCGCGGGAGUGUUGCGGGUGCAGUCAUCUCUGGGCUGCGCGAGGCUGCACGCGUCGAGUGGCUGCUCAAGAAGGGUGUGUAG